AUGACAGAAACAUUUAGUGAUGCUUAUGAUGAAAAAAUUCGUCCGCUUAUGGACAGAAUCGAUCAAGCACGAUCGUUGUUAUCAUCAAACAUGGAUGGCAUUAAAUUUCCUAGCGUUGUUGUCGUUGGUGAUCAGUCAAGUGGUAAAUCAACAUUGUUGGAAGCAUUAUCUUUAGUCGAACUUCCAAAAGGUUCCGGUAUUGUUACUCGAUGUCCAUUAGUAUUACGAUUACGUAAAUCAAAUGCACGACAAGUAUAUCGUUUACAUGAUGAUAAUUCAAAAACUCCACUUGAUGAGUCAACAUUAAAUAUCUUAAAAUAUAUCGAAGAAGAAACUAAAAAAUUAGCUGGUAAUCAGAAAAACGUUGUUAAUAAUUUAAUUGAAUUGCAAGUAGAAGAUCCCAAUGUACGCGAUUUGACUGUUGUGGAUUUGCCUGGUAUAGCACGAAAUCCUAUUGCUGGUCAGCCUAAAGAUAUUCAUAAACAGACAACUAAUUUAAUUAAACACUUUAUUAAACAAGAAGGCAGUGUCAUUUUGUGUGUCUUUCCAGCUAAUGUAGAUGUUGCAACAGUUGAAUCAUUUACAUUAGCAAGUGAAGUCGACCCAAACGGUGUUCGAACAAUUGGUGUUAUCACUAAAUCGGAUUUGGCUACAAAUAAUGAUACGCUAGUGCAACAAUUAUUAAUGGAACGGGCUGAUGUACUUCAUUUGAAGUUAGGGUUUGUUGCUGUUCGUAAUCGUAGUACCGAAGAAAAAAUCUCGUUAGAAGAAGCUCGUAGACGUGAGAAAAAAUUUUUUCGUGAACAUCCUGCAUCAACUGCAGUCGGAUGGCAUUGUCUUGGCAUUGAAGGAUUGAUUAAUCGUUUGGCCGAUUUAUAUUCAGAUCGAGUAAAAGAAACAUUUCCGAAAAUGAGAGAUGAUGUACGAAAGAAAUUGAAGGACAUUCGUGAACAGUUAUCAAAAUUUCCGGUAGAUCUUGACACACCUUCUGCACGUUUAGCAAAAUAUUAUGAAUUGACUGACAUUUAUGUCGAACAUAUUCUACAAGUACGUUUUAACAGUUCGAACGAUGGUCAGCGGCUAAGUAUGGUCAAUAUUUUACAUUCAAAAUUAACGAAAUUUGAAGAUAUCAUAGGCACUCAAACUCGACAACUUUUCUCGGCAAAGUACCGUGCGAAAGUUCGAGAUGCUAUGUCGGCAUGUUUUGGUGAACAAUUACCAAACUUUUUGCCACAUCCUGUUUUGAAAAGGCUCAUUUGUGAAAAACUCGAUCAGCUUUCGAAUGUAACAGGUGUACUCAUCAACGAAUGUUUCCAAAUAACAUUGGAUAUUUUAACAAAAAAUGAUACUGAUGCAUGUAAAGGUGAUAUGUUAAUGCUAAAACUGUUACCAUCGUUUCGUCAAAUUGUUCAUUCGUAUGUAUCUGAGAAACAACAAACUGUGCACAAUCAAGUCCAAGAAUUAAUUCGAUUGGAAAAACACGAUCCGUACACAAUGAAUAGUAGUUAUAUGAAUACCAUCAAUAGAUUUAAAGAGCAUUUAGUAGAAUCAAAUUCAAGCAAGAAAGCUGACAAAGUAACAUCUUCUACGUUGCCGAUCGAUACUGACGACGAAGACAUGUUUGAUGCAAUUUCGAAUGAUGAUCAAUCAGUACAAGAUAUGUUAAUUAGUUUACAUUCGUAUUGGAAAUUAUUAAUAAAACGUUUUGUAGAUUAUACAGCAUUAUCUCUACGUGCAGGAUGUGUCUUUGACAUAUGUACUGGUAUACGUGACCGUUUAAGACAAGUUCCGAUUCAACAAUCAGAUUUUGUCGAUGGUUGUCUCUCUGAAGAUACGUUUGUUCGAACGAAAAGAAAACAAUUACAACAAACAAGAGACAGAUUAGAAAAGGUGGAUGUCAUACUUGGUGGUAGCGGUGUUGCUAUUAAUGAUGAUGUUGCAUUUGGAAAUUCAAUCAAUAUGGAAAAUGUUCCAAUAAUGACUCUUGAUAAACUUGAAGAAGAUUUGACUCGUUAUGAUACGGAAGACCAUGCUGGGGUUUCAACGUCUACAUGA